UUAGCAUAAUGUGAACGAUUUCAAUUUUUGAUCGCUCUCGCUCGCCGGUGUUACAGUUUUUCAUUCAUUGUCUCUCCUUCGUAGGCACGUAGUUUGUGUUCUUUGGUAAAAUUAAUUGUGAAAUCUCAAGUUUUUUUCAAUAAAACAUUCCAGUAUGACUAGCACAGAUAUCUACCAAGGAAUGGACGUUGGUUCCAAGACAUCAUCUAGAGUGUUGAAUCCACCGGGUGGACGAUCCAACAAUAUAUUUGGUACAGCUGAGGAGAAAUCUGCCCCAGCAAGACAGAAGCCCGCACAGAGCAGUAAUGUUCAAAUUGGCGCACCAGCACAGUCAGCUAAACCUAAAUGUGACUCUAGCUCGUUCAGCACUCUAGGCUUUGGGACGGGUGAUUCUGCAGCUGAUGUUGCUGCUCAGCGAUCAGCUAAUCAAAAACGUAAUCAAGCUUCAACGUUCAUGUUCGGUGGAGAGGAUAAUUCUGCAUGCGCACCGCAACAAAAGGUCAAUCCACCUGCAAAUGUACCAAUGCCAUCAUCAACAGUGGAGAGUCCCGCAAGCAAUUGUAGUAAGUCUAAAUUUCAGUUGUUUAAAUUUAUGUGCGAUUUAUUUCCAAUAAUAUUUAUGUAGAUCUCUUUAAUCAAC